UUAACUAUAAUAUUAUUCUAAAGAAUUCUAAAGAUCAUCAGCAGCAGAUCCCAAUAACAGGAUGCCUGGGGUGGACUUUGAUGAAGAAAAUCUGCAUGAUCUGUAUGCCUGGGUGGACAAAAUCCCACUGUCUAGACCCAAAAGAAACAUAGCUAGAGAUUUCAGUGAUGGAGUGCUAGUGGCAGAAUUGGUAAAAUUCUACUUCCCCAAACUUGUUGAGAUGCACAACUACGUUCCAGCAAACUCAUCACAGCAGAAACUGAGCAACUGGACCACCCUGAACAAAAAAGUUCUCAGUAAAUUGAACUUCUCUGUCCCCUAUGAUGUGAUCCGCAAAAUUAUUCAGUGCUCCCCAGGGGUGGUGGAGCUCGUAAUUAAUACUUUACGGCACAAGAUCGAAGAGAAGCAGAAACAAAAUAAAAUGGAAAAGGAGACAAACGCAUCCCCCGAAGCAAUAACUCCCGCAGAUUCAGGGUAUGUCGCCAAACAUAAAAGUAAUGGAAUAGAACAUAGCCCGAGACAUCCUGCAAAAGGUGAAAAUUCAAGUAAAUCCCAGCUUGGCUACUCGCAAAAUGCCAGUACUGACACCAGUUUACGCAUUCAAAUAGCAGAGAAGGAGCAGGCACUGCUAGAGUCUCAAGAAACUGUUCAGAUUUUGCAGGCUAAAGUACGCCGGUUAGAGCAGCUACUGCACCUAAAAAGUGUUCGUAUUGAUGAUCUAACUCGUCGCCUGCAAGAAGCAGAGAAGAAGUGAAUAAACCACAAGAACAGGACGCUUCUAUAGUUUAUCUAUUUUUUUUACAAGGGGUUUCAAUAUUUUCACAUUAAUUCUGUUUAUCAAAAUAUAUAAACACAUACUUUUGAAAUGAUCUUUUCACGAACAUGAACAGAGGAUAUAGUGCAAACUAUCUGCCAUCCCAAGUGCAAACAUGAAAUCUAUUGUUUCCCAAGCAAUUGGUGUAAUACAAGGAAGAUUUUAUUUGACAUUUUGUGCGUGUUAACAGUUACGUGCAAGCAAAAAGGGGUUUAUUGUGGGGGUUUGCACACAUCGGGUUUACCGCUCCUAUUACAAGUUGAAAGUAAACACAAUCGCUUGAGCGUAAUCGCGAAUUAUGCUAGAAUAAUUACUGUGUUCUCAGAGCUCUGGUUAACUGUUUUGUGAAACAAAAAAUUAUAAAGGCUCAAAGAUAGGAGGUCUUAGGUGUUACAAAAAAAAGACAG